AUGAGCGAUUCUCCAGGCGUGGAGUGGCUCCCCGCGUUUAGCCCUGGCCCGCCACGCCACAGCCCGCUGGGCCCUAUCCCUCGCUUCCUAUAUGAGGAUGUACAGCCACUCGGCCUGUCGCAGGAAAAUAAUAACAAAGAAGCGGACCAGAAAGAGAACACGAAUAAAAUAAAACACGCGAAGCCUGCGUACAGCUAUGCCAGUAUGAUAAGACUAGCGAUAAGUAGCUCACCAAACGGCAAGAUGACGCUGAACGAAAUAUACACAUACAUCUGCAAUGCUUUCCCCUACUACAAAGAAGCGGGCAAAGGAUGGAUGAACUCAAUAAGACAUAAUCUGUCUUUGAAUAAAUGCUUCAUGAAGGUAGCUCGCAGCAAAGACGACCCGGGCAAGGGCUCGUACUGGGCGAUGGACACCAGCUACAAGAUGGCCGAGGUGGCGCCGCGACGUCGGCGGAGCUUAAGGAUGGCUCCGUACAGUCCUGAGUGCAGUUCGAACAGUAGCGGGGAGGCGGGCGGAGUGCUGCCCAGCGACGCGGCGCCUACGCCACCCGCCACCCCCACCACUCCCACGUCACCCAACGUGCCUGGGGUGGUCAAGGAGGAGACUGUCGUCAAGGAGGAAUCUUAUUCGCGACACACAGAUGAUGCGCUGUCGGCACUGAUGAACGAAGAGCUGAUGGCUGACGUGGAUAUCAGCAGAGAGCGCUGGUGGUGGGCGGGCGCGCGGCGCCACGUGUGCGGCGCGCUGCGGCACAGCUCGCUGACGGACGACUACGGGAACUUCGUGGUCACGCGCCUCGACGACUGCGACUGCCCCGUCGACGAGCCCGACCCGCCCCUGGCCCCGCCCACGCCCACCGCGCCCGCCGCCCCCGCCGCCCCCGCCGCCCCGGCCCCCUACGCGCCCUACUGGCACGCGCAGAUUUUAUAA